GUAUAAUCCAUAAAAAAGUAUCGACAUGCAUCAAGUUAAUGAAUGACACCUAUGGCGCAGAAGCUUUUAUACAAUUGUUGUUUUGUUUCUUUUCUUUUCACCACGUGACCUUCCUUUCCUUUCCUUUCCUUCAUACUUUUCUUCAUUCCAAAACACAGUUCAAAUCCUUAACUCAGAAAUAGAAUCAAUCAAUUAAUGUUAAUCACACUUUCAUCAAAUGACUAACCUAUUCUCCAGAACCUUCCAUUGUCUCUGGUUUCCAUCCACCAUUCUUCCUCCUAAACCACCUUCCCAAACCCUUCCAUUUUCAUCUUCAAUUCAACUUCCCAAACGCUUCAUCUUCACCCCCACUCGCCGCCACACCAAUGUUCUUCCCGGUUCAGCUUCAUCCUCAACCUCAUCUCCUCAUGAACAUGAGCCUGUUGAACUCAUCUCUUCAUCUCAACAUUCGGAUGGAAGUAUUGUGUUUACAUUUGGAAAUGCUAGUGAGAUUAGAGAAGUAGUAGAUGAAUUAAACAAACAGAAACUUGUUCCUGAGGGUGUUAUUGAGGAAGGAGGUGUUGGUGUUUUGCUGAGUGAUGAUGGUGUUGAAAAGUUGAGAAAUGAGGAUGAUAGUAACUUAGGAGAAGAAAAUGAAUCAUCUUCGACUGUAGUAGUUGCUGUUGCUGAUCAAAAUCCUCAGCUUCUCGAGAGUGAAGACGAAAGUAGUGUUGUUCCUGAGAGGGAGACACCUGCGAUCAAUGAUUUGCAAAAAAAUGAUAAAAGUUUGAUGUUGGAUUCAGUUGAGGAUGGUGAUGAUGGUCAUGGUGCGGUUUGUAGUGAAGAUGUUGCUGAGCCUACUGGUUUCCUGAAUGUGUCUAAGGAAGAUUCUCGAGUUGAUAGUCUCGAAGGAGUUGGCGUUUCGACAGUUUCUCCUUUAGAGUCGGAUGUGAUUUCUGAUCUGAGCAGUGGUGCUUCUUUGGAAGUUGAGGAGAAAGAAGUUUACAAUGGUGGCGGUGUGGAUAGAGCAAAAAACAGCCCAGAAGGCGGCGGAGAUGCUAGUGACUUGACUGAAUUGGUGCAACUAUCCACUUCUAUAGAGUCUGAUCAUUCUGUCAACGGAACAACAAGCAACUUGACGGGUAGUGUUGAUACUGACAUAAGUGAAUUGGAAACAGCAUCCGCUUCUUUAGAGUCUGUGCAAGAUGAUUAUAGUGCGACAGACAAUCUGAGUGGCAGUGUUGAUGCCAAAACAAGUAAACUGGUGCCGGUAUCAACUUCUUCGGAGUCCGCGCAAGAUGAUUAUAGUGCAACAGACAAUUUGACUGAUAGUGUUGAUACCAAAACAAAUGAAUUGGUGCCGGUAUCAACUUCUUCAGAGUCUGCGCAGGAUGAUUACAGUGCAACAGACAAUCUGACCGUCAACGUUGACACUGAAACAAAUGAAUUGGUGCCGGUAUCAACUUCUUUAGAAUCAGAACAAAUUAGUUAUAGUGCAGCAGGCAUUCCGAAUGGCAGUAUCGGUGCUGACAUAAGUGAACUGGAACCAGUAUCCACUUCUUUAGAGUCUGCACAAGAUGAUUAUAGUACAACAGGCAAUCUAACUGGCAGUGUUGAUGUCGAAACAAGUGAGUUGGUGCCAGUAUCCACUUCUUCAGAGUCGGAACAAGUUGGUUAUAGUGCAGCAGGCAUUCCGACUGGCAGUAUCGGAGCUGACAUAAGUGAACUGGAACCAGUAUCCACUUCUUUAGAGUCUACGCAAGAUGAGGAAGACAUAACUGAGUUUGUGCCAGUAUUAACUUCUUCAGAGUCUGAGCAAGUUGGUUAUACUGUAACAGAAAAUCUGACUGGGAGUGUCGAUGCCGAAACAAAUGAAUUGGUGCCGGUAUCCACUACCUUAGAGUCUGAACAAGUUGGUUAUAGUGCAACAGACAGCCUGACUGGCAGUGUUGAUGCCACAGUAAGUGAAUUGGUGCCAGUGUCCCCUUCCUUAGAGUCUGAACAAGUUGAUUGUAGUGCAGCUGACAAUCUGGCUGGUAGUGUUGACGCAGACGAGAUUGACUUAGUGCCAUUAUCCAUUUAUUCAGAGUCUGAACAAGUUGAUUAUAGUGAAAUGGACAACCUGAGUAAUAGUGUUGAUGACAUCUUAACAAAUGAGUUGGUGCCAUUGCCGGCUUCUUUAGACUCUGAACAGUCUGUUGAUAGUGAAACAACUCGCCUGACUGAUAGCGUUGUUGCCGAGUUUAGUGAAUCGGUCCCAAUAUCCACUUCUUUAGAAGCUGAACAAGUUGAUUACAGUGCAACAGACAACUUGACUGCCAGUGUUGAUACCGAGUUAAGUGAAUUGGUGCCAUUAUCCACUUCUUUAGAGCCAGAAGAAAUUGAUUAUAGUGCAACAGACAACUUGACUGAUGAUGUUAAUGACGGCAUAAUAAGUGAGUUGGUGCCAGUACCGAAUUCUUUAGACUCUGAACAAUCUGUAAAUAAGGAAACAACCCACCCAACUGAUAGUGUUGAUGCCGAGUUUAGCGAGUCAGUACCAUUAUCCACUUCUUUAGAGGCUGAACAAGUUGAUUAUAGUGAAACGGGCAACCUGACCUCUGAUGUUGAUACCAAGUUAAACGCAUCGGUGCCAAUAUCCACUUAUUUAGAGUCUGAACAACUUGAUUAUAGUGCAACAGACAACUUGACUGGUGGUGUUGAUACUGACUUAAGCGAGUCAGCACAAGUUUCUACUUCUUUGGGGUCUGAACUUCAUGCUUAUGAUGAUAUAACAAGCCUCCACGUUGUGGAUGACUCAGUUGAUUCAAGUGAAAUGGAAAAGUCAGCAUUGCUCGAUGAAUUGGUUCCAUCCUCAGACUUGGAAAACAAAAUAGACGUUGGCAAUACCGAAAGAAUUACAAGACCGGAGCUUUUCCUGGUUUCUGGCGCUGCUUGCUUGCCUCAUCCCUCCGAGGCACUGACAAAUCGAGAAGAUGCUUAUAUUAUUUCUCCCCAAAACUGGCUAGUUGUGGCUGAUGGAGUUGGCCAGUGGUCACUUGAAGGGAGUAAUACCAGAGUGUAUAUCAGGGAACUCAUGGGAAAGUGUGAAGAUAUUGUGUCAACUUAUGAGAACAUUUCAACAAUAAAACCUGCAGAUGUUCUUAUCAAAAGUGCUGCUGAAACUCAUUCUCCAGGGUCAUCUUCGGUUUUGGUUGCUUAUUUUGACGGACAGGCUCUCCAUGCAGCCAAUGUUGGUAACACUGGAUUUAUCAUUAUAAGAGAUGGUUCCGUCUUCAAAAUAUCAAAUGCAAUGUUUCACGAGCUCAGUUUUCCGAUACAUUUGGUUAAAGGCGACGACCACUCAGAAGUCAUAGAGGAAUACAAAAUCGAUCUAAACAAUGGUGAUGUGAUUGUAUUUGGCACAAAUGGCCUUUUUGACAAUCUUUAUGAGCAUGAAAUCGCAUCAACUAUAUCAAAAUCACUACAAGCUAGCCUGGAACCUCAGGAAAUAGCAGAAAUUUUGGCGACGGCGGCACAAGAGGUUGGAAGAUCAAGAUCCAGUGGAAGUCCUUUUGCCGAUGCAGCUCAGGCUUUGGGCUAUGUGAGUUAUGCAGGAGGCAAGCUUGAUGAUGUAACUGUUAUAGUGUCAUUAGUUCAAACUACAUAGCUGUUUCUAGUUUGUUUGUCUCAAUAUCUAUUGAUAUUUCACGUGCACAUACAACCGUUUAUGUAUAUUUUGUGUAUACAUAUUGAAAUGGAGUGAUGACAUCAUUCUAUACCAA